AUGGGGCUUUUAAUGCAGUUUGGAUUGCUAUUAUGGAAGAAUUUCACAGUCUCGAGGAGGAGGACAUGUGCCACAGUGUUCGAGAUUGUCUUGCCGUUGGCGUUCGCGUUUCUUAUGCUUAUCAUCCGAUUCCUUACUAGUACCACGGACAACAGCACGGCGUCCACGUGGGAUGCAUUUUCGGUGAGCAGUGUGGGUCUGGCGGUACCGUCCACGACGAGGAAAAAUAUCUACUACUCUCCGACUUCCACAGCUAUCAACGACGUCAUGUCGACCAAAGUGAAUACGGCAUUAGGUGGAAAUGCUACAGUAACCGGCUACGCAUCGUCUACUCUAUUACGAAAUGCAUACGAUCUGAAUUCUGCGUCGGUGUGGGCAGCGGUUGAGUUUGACGAGUCGGCCGACUAUUCGUCCAGCCUUCCCAGCCACGUGACUUACUCCCUUAGAGUGGCGCUUUAUGACAAAGCUGAAGAUAAGAAAUGGUAUACAGAUCGUUCUUAUCAGUUUUUCCAGGCGCCUGGUUACAGAAACAAUUUUUCCACUGCUGGGGAGCCUUACUACUACGAGACAGGGUUUCUGGCACUACAAUACGCUAUAGACAAAGCCAUCAUAGACAAUAAAUAUCCGAGCAAUACCUUAGGAACUACCUACAACAUACAACUGAAGAAAAUGGCGUAUCCUUCAUUCGUCGAGGACGAUCUGACAGCCACUUUGCCUACCAUUAUGCCGCUCUUUCUAAUGCUUUCCUUCAUCGUAACCGUGUUUACGUCGACUAAAAACAUCGUCCUCGAGAAAGAGACGAAAAUUAAGGAGUCAAUGAAACUAAUGGGGAUGAGUCCCACUAUGUACUGGAUGUCCUGGUUCGUCAGAUUGUUCAUCUACCUCUUCGUCAUCUGCUUCCUCUUCGCUCUGCUGUUCGGAAUCAAAGCUGGCAAAAAUGGCAGUGUCUUUCAAGCUUCACAGCCGUCUCUCAUAUUCAUCUUCCUUCUUCUUUUCGGCAUAUCAAUCAUCGCCUUUUGUUUCAUGAUGUCAACAAUUUUCAAGAAAGCUACCUCCGCGGCCUUUGCAGCAGGGAUCAUAUAUUUCCUGUUCUACAUGCCCCAGUUCUUUUUGAGUCGAUCUUAUGAUACGUUGGGCAAAGGAGAGAAGGUUGGCAUCUCCCUGCUCAACCUUAUGGCUAUGGCAUUCGGGGUCACUACCAUAAGUCUAUACGAAGGCACAGGAGCUGGCGCAAAAUGGUCGAACUUCAACGAGCCCGCGACUGUGGAUGACAACUACUCACUAGGGGACGCUAUGGGUAUGCUUCUGUUGGAUAGUAUCAUCUACUUCCUGGUGGCCUGGUACAUGGAAAAUAUCCGUCCCGGUGAAUUCGGAAUUCCAAAACCGCUUUACUUUCCGUUCACGAAAUCCUACUGGUGUGGAACCAAGGUAGAGGCGGAUCUGCUUGAAAUCAGUGUUGACCAUAAAGAUAAAGACAAGUUUGAGCCGGACCCAACUGAUCUGAAAGCCGGAAUAAACAUCAGCCAUCUACGGAAGGUAUUUGGCAGCAGUAAGAAUGGGAAGGUAGCAGUUGCUGAUACCUCACUAAACAUGUAUGAGAACCAAAUUACAGUGUUGCUUGGCCAUAACGGAGCUGGCAAGACUACCACCAUGUCUAUGAUAACAGGUUUCAUACCACCUACUAGCGGAACGGCCAUCAUUAACGGCAGUGACAUCCGGAAGGAUAUAGAAGGUGUCCGAAAAAGUCUUGGACUUUGUCCACAACACAAUAUUCUGUAUGAUAACUUGACUGUUGAGGAACAUCUGUGGUUCUUUGCCAAGUUAAAAGGAUGUCCAUCGGAUCAAGUUAAAAAGGAGAUCGAUGACAUCAUUCAGGUGAUGGGAAUAGAAGCAAAAAGACGCCGACUUUCGUCAACACUCUCCGGGGGACAAAAGAGGAAACUUUCUGUUGGCAUAGCACUGAUUGGAAACUCUAAGGUAAUUAUACUGGAUGAACCAACCUCGGGUAUGGAUCCAGCCGCACGAAGGGAGACGUGGGAAAUUCUCCGUAAGUACAAAGACGAUCGCACUAUCCUGCUGUCAACUCAUUUUAUGGACGAAGCAGAUCUUUUGGGCGACCGGAUCGCUAUCAUGUCGGAGGGAGUCAUCAAGUGCUGUGGGACGUCUUUGUUCCUUAAGAAGGCAUACGGGGCUGGUUAUCAUUUGGUCACCGUUAAGACAAAAGACUGUGAUGUAUCCAAGGUGACCAACCUCAUACAGGGCCACAUCCCACGAGCUUUCAUCGAAAGUGAAAUCAGUGCAGAAUUAUCCUACCUCUUACCUUUCGACGAGUCAGGCAAGUUUGUGAAACUCUUUGAGGAUUUGGAGAAUAAACUUUCAUCUCUUGGGCUUAGCAGUUUUGGUAUAUCAGCUACCACGAUGGAGGAGGUUUUCCUUAAGGUUGGCGAAGGGGCCAGCAAGGAAGACGAUGACGAGGAAGGGGAUGAUUAUACAGAUAAAGAUGGCCUUUUAAAGAAACAGAAUGAUGUAAAACCUGGUGUGAUCAAUGACGCAUUUCAGAUUGACGAAAAGAGCAAUGGGAACCCUAAUGGAAUUGUCGGACAGGAAAUGGGGCCAGGGACCUCAGCAGGUUCUGCUGUAUCCGUUAAAAACUCGGGCAUGAACUGGGCAGUACAACAGUUUUAUGGUAUGUUUCUGAAGAAGGCAAUCCACAGUUGGAGGAACAGAAUAGUGUCAAUAGUACAGUUAUUUCUGCCUGUCAUAUUCGUCAUCAUGGCGUUGGUUGUAGAUCAGACCGCGCCUACAAAUGACGAUGAGCCGGCUUUGACCCUUAAAUUGUCCCAGUUUGGAACAAGUGCCACAGUAAUGUACACAGAUGGGACAUCGCCGACCGCGGCCUCAACCCGAAUUGCCGGUCACUAUAGUAGCCUUCUUUCCGCCUACCCAAGAGAGGAUAUUGGUGCCACAUCGUUUGACACGUACGCAGUAGACAAGGCAACCAGUAUCGGUAUCGAUACGUUCAGUAACAAGUAUAUCGUUGGCGGUGACUUUGACCAGUCCAACACAUUCACUGCCUACUUUAAUGGUGAUCCAUAUCAUUCUCCCGCCAUAUCAUUGAGCCUUAUGACUAACACAAUGCUCCGCGAAUUUGGUAGUACUAGCGAUGCUAUAACUACUAUUAAUUAUCCCUUACCGCUGACACUAGCUGAGAAGAAUGAAACCGUGGUCGUAACUGCUCUUGCCACAGGCUUCGUAGUAGCAUUUCUCGUCCUUUUUGGAAUGGCCUUCUUAUCCACCAGUUUCAUACUUUUCCUCAUCAAGGAACGUUCCACGGGUGCGAAACAUUUACAGAAGGUGAGUGGAGUUGGGUCUUUCACCUACUGGCUGUCAAAUUACUGCUGGGAUAUAAUUAAUUAUAUGAUUCCCGUCCUGCUGAUCCUGGUGGUCUUUGCAGCAUUCCAGACACCAGCCUACGUCUACGACAAUCGUUUGGGCCUGGUCUUCCUGUUGUUCUUUAUAUACGGACUGUGCUGUCUGCCAUUUGUGUAUCUGCUGCAUUUUCCGUUCAAUGUUCCCUCCACCGGCAUGGCAACUAUCAGCAUCCUGAACAUCUUAUCAGGUUUAGCAACUUUGUUGGCAGUAUUUAUACUACAAAUACCUGCAUUGGGAGCAGAGAAUGUCGGUGACGGUCUCGACUGGUUCUUUUCAAUCUUCUUUCCGCACUAUUGUCUAGGCCAGGGACUCAACAACAUCUACACCAAUUACGCUAAUCUAAAGACGUGUCUUGACGUCAACUACGAAACGUUGUGUACAAUAAAUAAUACACUGGGUUGUUGUACAGGAUGUACAUCCAACUGUUACGAGUUUAGUACUAACUACCUAGCUUGGAAGACUCCAGGUAUUCUCCGCUACAUCAUCUUCAUGUUACUACAGACUGUGCUCUUCAUAUCUGUCGUCCUCAUGAUUGAGUAUGGCGUCAUCAACCGACUGGCCUACCUUGUCACUAACCGGUCGAAUGCGAUAAAUCCAAACGAAGAAGAACUAAUAGAAGGUAACGAGGACAGUGAUGUUCUGGACGAACGGAGGAGAAUCCGUGAUACACCUUUGGAGACUUUGAUGGAAAAUGACGCCUUAAUUAUAAACAACAUGACUAAAAAUUAUGGCGGUUUCCGAGCCGUCCGUGGAAUCAGUGUUGGCGUAGGAAGUCAGGAGUGCUUCGGUUUGCUUGGUCAGAAUGGCGCAGGAAAGACAACCACUUUUAAGAUGAUGACUGGUGAUGUGUUUGUUAGCAGUGGGAAUGCUUAUCUCAACAAGUACGAUGUCAAACAACAUCUGAUACAGGUUCAGCAAAAUCUCGGUUACUGUCCCCAGUUUGAUGCCCUGAUUGACCAGAUGACUGGUCGGGAAACUUUGACUAUGUAUGCUAGACUCCGCGGAGUACCUGAAAAGGAAAUCAAAUUGAUCGUAAACGACCUUAUCGACAUCAUGAUGCUGAGGAAGCAUGCUGAUAAGAACUGUGACGUUUACAGUGGGGGAAACAAACGGAAGCUGAGCACGGCCAUCGCAUUGAUAGGCGAUCCGCCAUUCGUAUUUCUGGACGAACCGACCACAGGAAUGGAUCCCGGUGCUAGACGAAAGCUUUGGAACGUGCUUUCAGCCGUCAGAACAAAGGGGAGGACGUUAGUGAUGACUUCACACAGCAUGGAAGAAUGUGAUGCGCUUUGUACAAAGAUUGUCAUCAUGGUCAAUGGGAAGUUUGUCUGCUUGGGAAGUCCACAGCACCUCAAGAACAAGUUUGGACAGGGUUACACGUUGAUAAUACGGGUCAGCGGAAGUGCCGGAGAAAUCCUGUCAUCUGACCCCAUUAAAAACUAUGUUAUGACAACUUUUCCUAUGGCAGAAGUGUACGGUGACCAUCAGGGCUACUUACACUUUCAGAUCCCAGAUGCCAAUAUUCCACUGGCUAGAGUGUUUGAUGCUAUGGAAAAGGUGAAGGAUCAGUUCAACAUUGAAGACUAUUCCGUGAACCAGACUACACUUGAGCAAGUGUUCCUCGGGUUUACUAGGAAUCAGACAGCACCGUCAGACACCGGUAAAUCCGUCGGGUGCUGUGGACGGUAA